AUGUCUCUAAGAUUACUUUGCCGCCUUGGUGGGCCAACGGGCACAUAUUGUCAAGUGUUUAAAAUGGUUCUGUCACCGAUUACUUCCAGCAGGCCUUCGGGAACGAAUUUGGUAACGUUUCUUCAACCAGGCCUCCUCACCCUCAAAAACCAUAAAUACAAUAUGAAGUUUACUGCUGCCCUCGCCCUCCUCCCUCUCGCCGCCUCCGCGUGGGAAGUCACCACGGGGUACUGGAAGAGCUCCGAGACCGAUGUUUGCGCAAAGACUUUCUUGCCCAAAGGCUUCCAUGUUACCAUCAACGACCUUCUUCCCGGCCAGAAAGUUUUCUUCUUCUCGGAUGAUGAAUGCGAGGACCUGGAGUUCUCGGUCCACGAGGUGGGCACCGUGAAGCUCGAGAGUCGGGUGAAGAGCUUCACUGUACUCGACUUUGAGCAAAAGCAGGACUUGAAAUAA